AUACUCUCGUUUGAGUCUUGUGGCCGUGGUUCGGUUAGACUCAGUGAGGGUUUAUUCCUUUCCCCCUUCUCGAGAUAAGUAACCCAGCCGAUUUCUCCGUCUCUCGCUGCCGCCGCCGAUCACGACGCUGCCAGCUUCAACGAGCGUCAGUGGCUGCCCCUCUUUCCGUUACGCUCGCACAACUUCUUCUUCGUCCUCCGUCCCUCGCGUCUCGCUCCCGUCGCCGAUCGUGAGUUGUGCGAUCGGCCGCAGCGGGCGGCGGUGGUUCGCCACCCCUCUGGCAACCGGCAGUGGGUGAUCUGUGGCGAUCGACACUCCCCAGCAGCGCCACUCCCCUUCUCUGGUGUCGAUCGGUAAUUCCUCUCCUCCAUUGGCUUGUUACCGUUAAGCCUUUCUUUGGGGUGGCUCCUUGAUCUGUGGGUAUCCAAGCCGUUCUCUUCCCUGGGUUUAUCCAAUUAGAAUGGGAACAGGAUUUUUAUGGGCAACUGCUGAAGACUUGGCAAAGAAUCGAGGAAGGGUACUGUCACUGUACCGUCAAUUAUUGAGAUGCCUUAACUCCCCAGAACUCCCUCUCACCCAUGCCGCUCGCCUUGCUAAAAAAGCAGAGGUCCGCAGUAUCUUCUUGUUUGGUGCCGAGGAGCGUUCCCUCCAUAAUAUUGCUGAGCUCAUUGAUACUGCUAAUUACUCGAUUUCCAUCCUUAAGAAAGGUCGCCUACCAUAGUAUCCAAAAGGUCUAUUUAAAACUCCAAAGUGUUUACUCAGUCAUUUCAUUUUGACUUCAUUUCAUUAUGAAGUCAGAAAAUGGACUUGCAUGAUUUUACUUAAAA